UACCGAUGGUAAAAAUAGCAAUAAUUUAUUGGCUCUUCGAUUCGCUAAACACACCGGUUGAAUAAUAACGGCCAAAAUUUUUGCAAUUAUUUGUGGAAUGGUUCAAAAAUAGCGCGGAGACCUUCAAAUACUGUCAUGGGCGAAACCACUGGUUGGCGAGGCAGUUCGACGUAAAAGUUCGCGAGAUAGUGUUGCCCUUAGUCGUUAAGUUUAAGGUGCGUCUAAUGCCAAAAACUCUCAGUACAGAGACCCAAGUGUUUGAAUUUCAAAAAAUUGCCGACACCAUAGGGAUAAUGAUAAACAGUGUCGGAAAACCCUCUACGUACAACCAAAUGAAAAACGUUCGCGUUAAUCUAGGUAUCGAUGAAGAUUUACAGAUGAUACUAGAAAUGGAUCCUAGUAUUAUCGAUCUUGGUGCCGCCACAGUUGAAGACUACCCUAUUCCUAAAGCUCCCGAUAAAGUUACCGGACUUCCCCCGAAAUCUGGCGGUCCUCCUACCCUAAAGACAUCAACGCCGCUAUCUCGCACGCAGUUAAAGCUCCAGUUGAUGCGAGAGCAAGCCCUGCAGGAACAAGAAAGACGUGAAGCCCAAGAUAGAGCGCAAAAAGCGGCUCAGGAACAGCAAAGGCCUCCUGCAGCCGCAGUUAAAGUUCCACUGCAUAGCAUUGCUCUCGAUGUACCACCACAAGUAUUUCAGGUCCAAACAAAACUCGAAAAUCCUACUAGAUAUCAUGUUAUGCAAAAGCAAAAAAGUCAAGUAAGACAAUAUAUAAGCGAGUCAUUUCAACAACCGCAGAAUUUUUUUAACACCCAAUGUCCGCCUCAAGUAACGGGUAGUGCACCGAUUAUUCCUAACAAUUAUACGAACAAUACGCCACUUUCACCUAUCACAGUACCCCCGACUUAUUGUCAGAGUCAUCCAGUUUAUGGUAAUGGACCUUCACCAAGUCCCAGCAGCGACGUCACUGCCGUUUCGCCCGCUUUUAGUUCCGGGGCUACCAGUGCUUCCGAGGCUGAGGAUUUAAUAGACGAUUUACUAUCAUUUGAAUCCAGCUCCCUUGCAUCCGAUAGUUUUAAAACUGAUAAUAAUUCCUUGUCGGCAUCAGACGUAAACAUCAAAAAUGAACCUCAUUUUCUCAGCGAUGCUGAACUUCAUGCUUUGGCAAAAGACAGGCAAAAAAAGGAUAAUCAUAAUAUGAUUGAACGACGAAGAAGAUUCAAUAUAAACGAUCGAAUAAAAGAAUUAGGGACUCUGCUACCAAAGAAUAACGAUCCUUACUUUGAAAUUGUCCGAGAUGUUCGUCCAAACAAGGGAACCAUUUUAAAAUCGUCGGUAGAAUAUAUUAAAUGUUUAAAGAAUGAGGUGCAAAGAUUGAAACAAUUCGAAGCAAAACAAAAACAAAUCGAACAUGUUAACAGAAGACUUCAGCUAAGAAUACAGGAGCUGGAAAGACAGGCAAAAUCUCAUGGUCUUCCCGUUACGGAAUUUAACUGGCAAGGAGCACAACCACCAAUUACGUCGUACAAUAACAAUUCUUCUUACAUCACCAGCCCUAGUCAGCCAACGAACAGUAACAUUAUGUCAUCGUUAUUACUACACGACCCAGUACCAAAGAUGCCUGACGUAGUCAACGAUGCAACUCUGAGUAUAUCGGCAAUGGAAGAUUUAAUGGAUGACGACGAACCAGUUGUAAGUAGUGUUAAUGGCGAUCCGAUGUUAUCAUCACAACAACUGACAGGGGAUCCGUUGUUAUCAUCCCCUGCACAUGCCACGUCCGUUGCUGACACUAUGCUGGCAGAACCACGAUUACCUUCACCUACAAGUCAUAUAGAUCCAAUGGAAGGCGACACGUUAGAUAUGGAUAUGAUCGCAUGAUGAUGUAUAAGUAUUAUUUCAAACCUAACUAUGACGCUAGUUUACUCAAAAAUAUCGGUCAUACAGACGAAAUAUGAUAACAAAACAAAAGGCAAAUGCUGGUGUUAAAAACGAUUCAAUUAUUAAGAAACGAAUUAUUCAGGUAGAGGUGCUAUGUUGCCAGAAUUAUCCUGAUAUUGUGCAAAUAUUUCCGUCGAGAUUCUGUGAUUUAGAUGAAAAUUGUAUAUUUUAGAAAAAAAAAAAAACAAAAUGGUUCUAUAAGAAGGGCAUAGUUACCUUUCAAUCCAAAGUAUUCUAGAGUAAUGUUAACUGCUGCUAUUUGUAAAUUUACUUUUAUUUAUAUAAGCUAAACUACCUACCUUAAGUUUCUUUUUUAGAAGAAAUCAGCCAAAAAUAAAUAAUUAUAAAACGACCAGGUAGAGGUAGUUUAGAAUUUCGUGGGCCAAGACUUUGGGUUGCAUAGUUUGCCUUCUUACUAAAGUUAUUGACAGUCUAGCUGUCAUCGUUUUAUAUGGUUAACGUCAACUCUUAACCAUACAACUAACCAUGACUCGCCGUCAGUGUUUUUGAAGUGCACAAUAUGAAUACAAUAAGGUCCACCCCUCGUGCAUUUCGUGGCCCAGGACACUUUAAAAUACCUCUACCUAUACAGAGCACUCAGAGUUUCUAAAAUUAUAUUAAUUUUAUGUAAGCUCAGAAUCUGAUAGCUAGGGACGAAAAAAAAAAUAUGUAGUACCGAUACGUUGCUACCAGGUAGUAAAAGAAUUGUUAAGUUUUUGUUUUCAAAUAUAUUUUAAACCCUGUACAUAUAUUUUAUUUUAUUUUCAAAAGAAAUUUAUAUGAAAAACAACAGAAAUACUUACACAAUUUCGUUAUUAGGCAAAUUGCCUAAAUUGGACGUACUACUUUACGAAUUGUGUUUGCAUUUCUUCUAGUUCCUUAAUCUACUAAUAGUGAUAACAUGAAGUGCCUUACCGCAGUGUCUUGAAUUUGUUUAAAUGAGAAAGUUCAUUUUUAUUCGAAUGACUGUAACGUGUGUACCUAAGCUGCAAGAUUUAUUUUGUAUAAGACAAUAUUGUUACUGCUUAUUGAAUGGCAAAAUUGUAAAAUGAGCAAAUGCAGUAACAAUUGUAUAAUUAUUAUAUAUAUAUAUAAUAUAUUUUCUUAAGUGAUCUUUGAAUCUGUGAAUAGAUUUAGGUAAAAAUUAUACAUUUAUGCGCGAAUAGUUAAAAGAUGUAAGAUAUUUACGAACUGUUAUGAAACAAUACCAUUAAUAGUUUUUGAUUAUGUACGGUUCAUUUCAUAUGUUAACAAUAAAUUUUAACAACUUCCGAAUGUUGUGAAAUGAGCAAUAAUUUAUGUGAAAUGAACGGUGCAUUCUUUAGACUCAAUUUUUUCGUUUAAUUUUAAACGCAUCU